UUGUCUAAAUGACUCACCACUUCAAACUUGGACGCAUGUUUGGCCACUUGAAAGGUCGAUAUCAAAAUUUCAAAAUUUUCCACACUAUAAAAACAGACUAGAAACAAGUCAACCAAAGUUUAACCAAUGUUUACUAGUUCAGUUCAGUUUUUUCAGUCGAACCGAACAGAUCGUUUUUAAACUCAACUUGUACAGGCUAGUAACUCGGGUUAACUUAAACUAGUGAUAGUAGCUUUUGCAAACUUUUUAUAUUGAUCCAUUUUUAGUGAACACGUCUACAACCGAUUCAUUCCUUGUAGUUUUUUAGUGCCUCAUUGGUGUACUUCGGUGACAAUAUUGCUAAAUUUUUAGUAAAUUCAUCUACAAUCCAUUCAUUUCUUGGUGUUAUUUUGGGACAAUGUCUAUAGAUAAACUUCCAACAGAAAUUUUAGACUUCAUCUUUGACAAGCUCACCGAGCUAAAUGAUAUUGUAAACUGCUUUCAAGUCUGCGAAAGAUGGAGUUAUAUCAUUGGUGAGCGAACUCACAAAGUUAAAUAUUUAAUAAGUAACCCACGGCUUUUUGAUGACAAAGUUUAUUCCAAGGAUCUUGUUUAUAAUGGGAGAACAGAACCUUUAGAUGGAUCUGUUUUACUCAAGGUUUUUCCAAAUUUAAGGAUUGCUGACAUUUCCUUGCCAUACAGAAUAAGAAAAAAAUAUGACAUUUCUAAUUUAGUUUUGGAGCUGUUGAGAAAUGGCAAACACAUCAAAGGAUUAAUAGAAGUUCCGUUGAUGAAAUAUGUGGAUAUAUUCAAAAAUAGAACAGCUCUUGAAAUGUUGUGUAUCAGCCGCCUACCCGAUGAGAUACCUAUAAGUGACAUUAAUGAAAGUGUGAAACAGCUCUACACGUGUUCGCAUCCUGUCCCAAUGUCUGACUUCAGCAAACUAAUACAUUUUUUGCCGAGUUUAGAACGAUUGCAAGCAAAAAUUCGCUAUGAUAACCAAGAUGCUGGUUAUGAUGGCCCAAAACUUAUGAACCUUAAAAUAGCUGAACUGGAUCUUAGAGCGAAUUCAUUACCAGGCCUUCUACAGUUUGGAUUGGAGUUACUUGAUGCUUGCCCGGCUCUAGUAAGCGCACAUGUUUACGCUUUCACCUCUGCAGUUAUCGUCGAAGAUACAACUAAAAAUGAAAAUAUGCGAGAUUUAGUCUUGCAAUUUAGAGAGGCAGUAGCGUGGCAUUCCCAAAUAGAUUUAUUGGCCAAGUAUCCGAAUCUAAAGCAUUUGGCGUUACGAUGUAAUUUGACUUUGAGGGAUGAUCAUAUCCACGAUAUUCUAUCAACUUUACCAAAACUGGUGUUACUUGAUGUUCGUGGUUCUCCUCGAUUAACUCGUAGAUCUGCGCGUUUCGUUGAAGAUUAUUGUGAACGGCAUGGACGAUCGAUUUAUUUUUAUUUCAAAAAAGAAGAUCGCGAGCAAAUUGAGAAAGAUUGGCCACAUUUGUCAACUCGACAAGAAAUAAUUAGCCGUGGAUUCGAUUUCAUGGCAAACUGUUUUCUCAAAGACAAUGACACAUUACCAUAUUUUUUGGAUCCUAUGGAUGACUAACAAUACCAAAUUAAAAUUACCAAGCGACUAAAGCAAAUCGUGUCGAUCCAGUUGAAAGAUUGAAAAAGGAAAAUAAAAAGCUAUUAGAAAGUAAC